UCACAUGCCCAACAACCACCGGAAACCUAAAUAUCCUGGGCCAGCCAUCAAGGCCGGCCUCAGAACCUGCUCAAAGAUAUGCCAUCAAUAGCCGCCUGCGGCUUCACAGAUUAUGACGACCGUACGAUCUCCCAGCCUCUGACUUGAGACAAAGCCAUCCCAUCCGCGCCCGCUGCAUCGCCAUUCACCCCUCCUCCAAGGUAAAAGUAAAAACCAUGCGGAACCUCCAUGUUCCCCUCCUCCUCACCUUAACCUUCACCCCCCUUACCCUCGCCGGAAUAAACUGGGACGUCUUCGAGUACGGCGUGGUGCCCUCAUUCAAAUGGUCGCGCCCCUUCCCAGACGACGGGACCGACCCCGGCGGGUUCCACGUCAACUGUCGAGCAGAAGGCACCUUCCACGCCAAGCUCUAUAAGCUCAAAGAUCUCCCCCUGGACCCCCCGACCGGUCUAUCCCCGUGGCACGACGCGAUCGAGGUCUUUCUCAGCAAGCGGGAUUUCAUGGGCAGCUGGGACGGGGUGGACCACAAGGGGAACGACAGGGAGAUCGUGGUCAUGGAGUACGUGGAUGUGCCCGGGCCGGUGAGGGAGUGGAUUGAGGCACAGCAGCAGCAAACGGACGAGCGUGACAAGAAUGGGAGUAGGUGGAUGUUUGCCGUGUUUGAGAAGCCGAAGAAGGAAGGGGAGAAGGUAUAUACGACGGUGAGGCCUAAGGUGACGCCCCAUCCAGCUCCGGCUGAGCCGACAUCGAGUCAGCAGGAGCAGGGACACGGGCAGGCUGCUGGGCAGAUGCAAGAGAGACCAGUCGAGGCGCAGGAGCAUACCCCAGACAUUCCGGAUAAGGACAAGAUUGUGGUGUUUCCGGCUGGUGCGGUGUAUGAGAUCCUGCCGCUGUGGGUGGCAAAGGGCAGCAAAUGCGAGAGCGACCUCAUGGAUCUGUCAAAAUACAAGCCCCAGGCGACAGACCACUCGGUUAUGGCCUGGGUGGUCGACCACACAAAGCCAGAACGCGACCAUGGACAUCGGGCCAUGACAUUCAAGAUCGAGGCCAUGUCGGUGACAGAGACAGAGGACGGGAAGCGCGCUCGUCUGAUGUGGGAGAAGAUGCACCGGGCGAUCAAGAGGAAUGAACGCAGGAUGAAGAAGGAAGAGCGGAUGAAGGCCAAGAAGGAGAUGGAGGAGGGUCGGGUGAGAGAUGAGCUGUAGAGUAUCAUGAUUCAGUGAUGUCUAGACGUUGUAUUAUCCAAGACUCUAGCAGUGUUUAGUCUAUUUUCUCUUCAUCAUUAGUUCAAGCCCUCAAGAGUAAUCGAGUCUC